AUGUCGCAUGGUGGGGUUAGGAAGUGGGGGAUUGGUAACGACUUGUGGGCAGUCCGCGGGAAGUUGGAUAUGAAAGACCCAAAUAAAUCACUUCGAGAUCCUGUCUAUUAUCGUAGCAAUCCAGUUGCCCAUCAUUGGAUUGGCUCCAAGUAUAAGAUAUACCCAACUUACGAUUUUGCAUGUCCAUUUGUUGAUGCCAUAGAAGGGAUAACGCAUGCAUUACGAUCUAGUGAACACCAUGAUCGUAAUGCUCAGUAUCACCGGAUUCAAGAGGAUUUGGGAGUAAGAAAGGUUCCCCUUUAUGAAUUUAGUCGGCUGAAUAUGGUGUAUACAGCUCUUAGCAAGCGUAAGCUUCUGUGGUUUGUUGAAAAUGGGAAGGUUGAUGCAUGGGAUGAUGCUCGUUUUCCAACUGUCCAAGGAAUUAUUCGUAGAGGUUUAAAAGUUGAAGCAUUGGUACAAUUUAUUCUUGAACAGGCAAUUUCAAGCAUUGAUACAACUUUCAUUGCCAAUAUGAAAACAAGUGAGAAAUAGG